AUGGGAAAGGAUAGCAGACUCUAUACCAUCUUGCCUAGGCUUUUGGCACUAGGUGCAACCGUCGUUGCAGCCAUCGUCAUGGCCACUAGUCGACAAAAGACCACUUUCUUCGUUAUCAGCCUUGAUCCCAAGUUCUCUUACACUCUUGCCUUUAGGUAUUUUGUGGCUGGAAAUGUGAUUGGAGCUGUCUAUGGUGGUCUCACGCUUCUUGCUUCUCCAAAAGUUUUACUCUCCACUGCCAUUAUUGUCUCUGAUGUGGCGGUGACGAUGCUUCUGACUUCAUGCUCUUCGGCGGCUUUAUUUAUUGCUCUACUGGGGAAGCGUGGGGACCUGAGAGCAGGCUGGCUACCAAUUUGCGAGGUGGUUGAAGGUUAUUGUGGCCGUGUGACGGCGGCGAUUAUUGCCGGGUUUAUUGCGGUUGGUUUCCAUUUUAUUAGUCUUCUCCAUACAAUCCCAAAUGCAAAAGCUCUGGAUUGUUAG